AAGUGAGGCGCAACCACCCAUGGACGUUUCGACUCUGUUCUGUUGCACUUUAUUCGCAAUUUAAAGCGCUUAGCCGCACAUUUUGGUCGUCGACUACCAUGUGGGACCAUGAGAUCCGAGCCAUGGUGAGCACCCACGCCACCAUCGCCCUCUCGGUGCUCGUGGCCACCGUCGUGCCCGCGGCUCUCGUCCCGGGCUUCUCUGUCUACGGCACCCACCUGCUGUGGAUAUACUCGGUGUCCGGCGCCGUGGCCGCGGUCAGCGUCGCCUUCUUCUGGCUCCUCGGCAUCUCGCCGCCGACCAGGAAGCACACGCUGGGAUACAAGCUGUCCAGGUUGAUUCGUUCCUGCUUGUACUUCUUCCUGUCCUGCUUGUUCUUCCACACUGUGAUAGUUCUCUACGGAGCUCCGCUGAUCGACUCGGCUCUGGAAACCUUCUCUCUGGCCGUGCUGCUGUCCUCGCUCACCACGCUCCGGUGUCUCUGCAUGCUCGGCCCCAACUUCCAGGCUUGGAUCCGGGUCUUCAGUCGUCACGGAGCAAUGUCCGUGUGGGACACUUGCCUCCAGAUCACGGUGGCCUUGACGGUGCUGGGCGCGUGGGUGGGAGCCUUCGCGAUACCUCUGGACUGGGGCAAGCCGUGGCAGGUUUGGCCUAUAUCCUGCAGCUUGGGCGCCAUGUUGGGCUACCUGUCAGGGCUGGUUGCAGCACCGGCGUGGAUUCGCUACCAUCGCAAGCAGCUCACCUACAAGUGUAAAUGACGGACCAGCCUAAUUUUCCACGCGCCGCUGCUGUAUUCCUUCCACCGUUCCCCGCUAUUUAUCCGGAUUUCUGACACAAGGAUGUCACCAGUUGUCAUAUGAGCCACUUUAUUUUGUACUGUCACUUUUACAUGAAUAAAAAGCCUUGCGUUA